AUGAAACAUACGAAAAAAUAUUUCUUUUUACGCAUAUUUUAUUAUCAAAAUUGCCUGUUUAUGGAGAGGUUACAGUGUUCCAUUCCUAUAAAUCCAAAUGCAAAGUAUCUCUCCAAUUCAAUCUCGAAUGUUUUGUACAGCAUUCAGAAAUUUGAUGAAAGCACUCUUGCUUGGCCGACCCAUCAGCGAACAAGGGACGUCUGUAAUAGGAAAAAGGUUCGAUCGCCUCCGGAAGUUCCUUUGGCCGGAACUGCAUCCUGUGUGAUUCCAAAAAAAAGGUGCUGUGCAUUAUGUUGUAACGCUAAGGCAGCUAAGAAAAAUACCUACUAUCAAAUUCUUCAAGCCAGUCAAGAUCAGCCGCAUUUUAAAGAGGGUUCCAGAUGUAAAUAUAAAAAUAAUGACUACCAAUUUAAACGUGAUUCCAAAAAUGACAGCAUUUACAAUGACAUCUACGAUAUUGUGAGGACGCACGUUAACUCCAAAAGGCAACCCCAAUAUGAAAAGUGUCCAGAUCGAGAGGUUUCACUUACUAUGCAACCUCCUAAGUUUGAAGUGUAUAAAAUUCUUCCUGUCCCAACUAAAAACAUGGAGAAUAAGAGCAAACAUCUUCAAUCAACUGCUAGAUCGCCCCCAAAGUCAUCUAAGCUUAACUAUCCUAUAAUAUAUGUCGAUAAACUUCGAGAAAGAACCAAUGAGCUUUCGAAUUCCAAAGGCCGUCAAACUAAACCGAAAUCAUCGUCAUCCAAGAAAGAGUUCCUCAAAUUUCUCAAAAGAGGCAAUCAGCGGAAUGAAAAUUUAAAAGAAGAAAACCAUAGGUCAACGAAAAUGUUAAGAUCCAAAUCUCUAACUACCAAACAACCUUUCAAUAAUAUAUCUAAAGGCCGAGAGAAAAUUGCACAGACAAGCCCCUUAUAAAGAUGUCCUACACGUUCGGGAGUUGCGGUCAAAACAGCUUACUACCAAGCAUCCUAUCAAUGAUAUACCCAAAGGUCUACAGAAAACCGCAGAAGAAAAUAUAAAACAAGAAAAGUUACAUGAAAUUUUCAG